UUGACAGUUGUUUACAAGACGAUUCCGGUCGCUUAUUCAAGUAUUUCACACGAAAUUGAGCGUUUUUCACGUUGGGGGCCCUCCAAGCGUUGCAUUUAAGCAAUGGGGGGCAAAUUCGAGUCGUUACGGGUCGAAUACCAGGACGUUUUACGCAAAUCUUUCAAGACCAAAACCACCGAUUUGAUCGAAACUAAAGCCAAACACUUGUCGAAGUCCGCCAUCGACCUUAAGGCCCCUCUGGACCAGGCGUUCCGCGACGUCUUACUCGAACUCCUUGAAAAGGAAGUCAACGUCUCAGUCUUACGCGAGUUGGUCGAUUUUAGCGUCCUAACAUGUCGCAAGGAACUGAGCAACCCCACAAUGCCAGUGAUGCUCCUUUCGGACAUUUUUGACGCCUUAACGCUGGACGCCUGUCAGGAAAUGUUCCUCUACGUAGAGAACAAUGUCGAAGUGUGGAAAGAGAACUUGUUUUUCAGUUGUUGCAAAAAUAAUUUACUCAGGUUGUGUAACGACUUAUUGAGGCGGUUAUCUCGGUCCACGGCGACCGUUUUUUGCGGCCGAAUUCUCCUCUUUUUGGCCAAGUUUUUCCCGUUUUCUGAACGUUCAGGUUUGAAUAUUGUGAGCGAAUUUAAUUUGGAAAACACGACAGAGUAUGGCACGGACUCGAGCCAGGAAAAGGGGGGCGACGUUGACGGCGACGAAAAGAAAAACGUGAUCGAUUUCACGUUUUAUUGCAAGUUUUGGUCGCUCCAGGAUUUUUUCCGGAACCCCAACCAGUUGUACACUAAAGUGCAAUGGAAACUGUUUUGCACCUACGCCACGAGUGUCUUUAACACGUUCCAAGGCCUCAAGCUUGAACACGUGGAAAAUAACGGGAGCUAUUGUGACGAAAGUAAAAAUAAAAUGUACUUUUCCAAGUACCUGACGAGCCAAAAAUUGCUCGACUUGCAACUGUACGACGUCAAUUUUCGGCGCGCCGUCCUGUUGCAGUUUUUAAUUUUAUUCCAGUACCUUUCAUCAUCCGUAAAAUUUAAAUCCGAAAGUUUCGAGUUAAAGUCGGACCAAAAAGAGUGGAUCCAAUCAAGCACCGAAAAAGUCUACAGUUUGUUACGCGAGACUCCUCCAGACGGUAAACGAUUUGCCGAAAUCGCCUCAAAUAUUCUAAGUCGGGAGGAGUAUUGGAACGCUUGGAAGAACGACGGUUGUCCCGAACUGAAAAAAUCGGUGGUUCCCACGGAAAGCCCCGACAAGCGCCGAACCGAAGAGCGCCCUCUCUUAGGCGACAUCAUUAAACAGGCCUCCAGUGAGGGCAAAUACUACAUGGGAAGCACCGAACUGACCAAACUGUGGAACCUAUGCCCCGAUAACUUGGAGGCUUGUAAAGGCCGAGAGCGCGAUUUUCUCCCCACACUUGAGGAUUAUUUCGCCGAUGCCAUCGCCCAAAUCGAGUCACCUGGCGCAGUCAAAGACGAAGACAAUUUACUGAAAGAUGGGAAUUACGGGUGGCGGGCUUUGAGACUCUUGGCUAAGCGCAGCCCCCACUUUUUCACCUACAGUACUGUGAUUAUGAACCCCCUGUCUUCGUAUUUGGAGAUGAUGGUCAAGAAAAUAGCGCAUGAUAAGCCAGGUCGCGUGACCGAAAAUUCGCAAGAGUCGCAACAAAACGACGCCGAGGAAGAAAAUUUGUUUAAGGACACGCAAGUUGAUGAAAACACCGAAGACAUCAAACCGUCCGAAACGGAGGAAUUUAUGGACGAUAAGAACGCGCGAGUCGAGCAUAAAUUAAACCCGAACCAGUUGCAACUCUUCAGCGAGAAAGUGGCCCCCAAUUGGAAAAAACUAGCCAGCAAGUUGGGCUUCAAAACUGACGAAAUCCAGUUCUUCAGUAUGGAAAAUGAGAAAGAGGUGGACCAGGCCCGUAAUAUGCUACAACUGUGGUUCGAUGACGACGAAGAUGCCACUUUGGACAACUUCUUGUACAUUUUGGAAGGGUUGGAGAUGGAGGAGGCGGCGGAAAUUGUCCGAAAUGAAAUCAAUUCGAUGGAUUCCUAACUGUAUUUAACUCGUUUCGCCCUAUUUUUACUUUUCAAUUUGCGUUUCAUAUGUAAUUGUUUGUGAUCAACCUUGGGACAGUCCCGUUUUUUGUGCCCCGGUUGUUUACAGUGGAAACAAUCCUUUAAUAAAAUUAUUAAACCUUGAA